AUGAGUAUAUUGUAUGAAAACUUGGGCAAUUGGUCUUCUCAUUACUAUAGUGUGCCUAACUACACAAUGGUGGCUCCAGUUUUUGGUUUUAUGGCUUACAGUUCUUCAGAAACAACAUUGACAGAAUGUGAGAAGAUGAACUUUAUCAUCCAAGGGGACCCCAUCACAAUUCAAUUUCCUCAAGUUGGUUCACAUGAGAAAAAUAAUACACCAAUUUGUGCCAAGUUUAGUGGUGAUGGUUCUGUGGAAUUCAACAACAUGACUGAACCAUAUGUGUGUGAAGCACAAAGCCAAGGGCACUACACUCUUGUAAUUCCAUCUCCAAAAGAAGUUCAUAACACCAGGGGUCAGAGCAAGAGAUUUACCAUAUGGUGGGUGUUAGGCUUUGUAAUAGGUUUUGUUGGGUUGGUCAUAUUGGCUUUGGUUUUGCUAGCUUUAGUUAAAGCAGAAAAGAGGAGAAGAAUAAGAAAAAUGGAGAGAAAUUCAGAAGGAGGUGAGCCUUUUGAUACAUUUUGGAUUGGAGAAACUAAAUUGCCAUUAGCUCCAAUGAUUAGAACCCAACCAAAUCUUGAGAACGAUGAGGUUAUUCCUUAUUAG